UCUCUCUUUCUCCUUUCGCAAAACUGAAACUUUUUUUUAUUUCCGUACUGAAUAAAAAAAAUGGCGGCGAAAGUAAUAACAGUAAUGGCGGUUAUGGUGGUUGCUGCUCUAACGGCAACGACAGUGAGCGCCAAAAUCCCCGGAGUUUACACUGGAGGUCCCUGGGUCAACGCUCACGCCACUUUCUACGGCGAGGCUGACGCUUCGGGCACUAUGGGUGGUGCGUGUGGGUACGGGAAUUUGUAUAGCCAAGGUUACGGAGUGAACACGGCGGCAUUAAGCACGGCCUUGUUCAACAAUGGUGUGAGCUGUGGGGCUUGCUUUGAGCUCAAGUGUGUCAAUGAUCCUGGCUGGUGUCUUCCCGGAAACCCAUCAAUCCUUAUCACCGCCACUAAUUUCUGCCCUCCAAACUUCGCUCAGGCUAGCGACAAUGGCGGUUGGUGUAAUCCUCCUCGUGAACACUUUGAUCUCGCCAUGCCUAUGUUUCUUUCCAUCGCUAAGUACAGGGCCGGUAUCGUCCCCGUCUCUUACCGCAGAAUCCCAUGUAGGAAGAAGGGAGGUAUGAGAUUCACGAUCAAUGGAUCCAAGUACUUCAACUUGGUGCUCGUCACUAACGUAGCCGGAGCCGGAAACGUCGUGUCGGUGAGCGUGAAAGGAAGCAACACACAAUGGAUGGUUCUUAGCCGGAAUUGGGGACAAAAUUGGCAGUCCAACGCGAUUCUUGUCGGCCAAUCUCUUUCUUUCCGAGUCAGAACCUCCGAUGGUCGGAGCUCCACCUCCAAAAACAUUGUUCCGAGUAACUGGCAAUUUGGUCAGACUUUCUCCGGCAAGAAUUUCCGCGUCUGAUUUCUAGAAUAAUCAACUGAAAUUAUCGACAGAAGAUAUAUCGAAGCUUUUUCUUUUCCUUUCAAUAUAUAUAUUUACGUGUCUUUAAAUUUAGUUACGAUUUGGAAUUGGGGUUUUACCAUUUUUCCCUUAUUUUCUCAGGGAAAGUAUUGGGGUUGCUUGUUACGAAAGUUAGUUUUUUUUUUCUUUUUAAGAUUAGGGUUUGUUUUGUUUUUGGUGUGUUUGUGUCUUGUUUGGUCUGUAGGGAGGCUGAAGCGGCUGCAAAGAAAAAAAAGGUUUGGAUAAAGAUAAAUGUAGCCCGCAGCUCUCCUUUACGCCCUAUUGUAUUAAGUAUAUACAUAUAUAAUAUUCAGAAACUUGGUUUCUCGGUUUAUAUGAAUAA